UUUCGACGGUUUUGAUUCGAGCCAAUAAUAUAGGCCCACAAGUCAAAAAAACAGCAAACAAAUCGACACUAAAAGCAGGGUAGUUCAGCCGUGAAGUAAUCGACGCAGCAAAGAGAAAAGCAGUUUACGGUAAAAAUGAAAAGUGUCAUUGGCGACCGUGGUAUAAAUCAUAACAUUGGCAUGGAAAAUAUCAGGGAAAACGAUCAAAAAGAUCCUGUUCACAGCGGUAUUUUAAAUGCAUCUGGAGAAAAUGAAGCAGAUGUUGACAAAAAGAUGACGGUAAAACGACAAUUUAGUGCUGAUAUUGACGAUAGUUCCUUACCAGAACUGGAACCUCAAAAGAAACUAUGUCGUUUCUACUAUUUGGACAAUUGCACAACAGAGGAGAAAUGUAAAUAUAUGCAUGCAGAUUUCCCCUGCAAGUAUUACUAUUUUGGCUUUGAGUGCCGUGAUGGAUUCCGUUGUAAACUUCGACAUGGACCUGCACUACAGCAAGACAUGCAAGAAGCUCUAUGGGAACAUGUCACUUCAGCUCCAGCAAAUCUUUUGCAACGAUUUCCAAGUUUUCCACAUGCACUUCUGAAGAAAAAUUUCGAGGAGCGCAACGAUGAACUACUACAAAUGGAACAAGAAGGACUUAUUGAUGGUGUAGAAGAGGCACCGGAUAAACCAGUAGCCAAGGAUCUUUCAGAUGACUUAUCGUCAACACUACUAAGCGAAGCAAUUAAAACGUUCAACAGGACUAAUAAACAAGAAGAAGCUCUUGUGCAUCAGAGUGAGCUCAAAGAAGCUCUAACCCAUGAACAAAUUGUAUCCUUGGCUAAUGUUGGUGUGCGAACAAAGGAAGAUUUAUUCAUGCUUGGUGCCACUUCAUUUCUUGAGUUGGGGUUCGAAUACGAAACAAUAAUUCAUAUUGGAAAUUUGAAAGAAGCUCACCGAAGACAAUCUCAUUACAUCGAGAAUGAUGAAGAUAUUAAUGUGAACAGUUGUGCUAAAAAUACCAACUCCGAUGUUUUUGAAUUAGAGAGUCCCGAUAAAGUGGUAUCUAUUUCGGAAGAUGAACAUAUUUUGACAGACCAGGAACUACUGAAUAUACUGAACGAUGGGUUAAAGGGAUCGACUGCAUCAACCAUCACUGAAACUGCUACAUGUGAUGAUACUAUUACAUCUAUCUCUGAAACUGAUACUAGCUACGAUAAUUGUGUAAUCAAGGAUGAUGAUCAGAAAGUUGUCAAUACAUGCAGCUUAAACCAGAAUUUGCUGAACAAUGAAUUGAGGGGAUCGACAGCUUCGACUAUCACUGAAACUGCUGUAAAAGGUGAUACCAUCACAUCGAUCAAAAACACUGAUACUAAUCAGGAAAAUUGUUUCGACUGUUUGAGCAAGGACAAUGAUCAAAAGGUUGUCAAUAAUUCAAAUAACGGAAUUGGUAAUUUGCUGAACCUUGGAUAUAGCUUAAGUCAGUUGGAAGUGCUUGAAAAAGAGAACGGACUACAGUUCGUCGCUAAAUCUUCAUCUCAGCCAGACAACGUUGACGAUUCAUCAUCCCCCAUUCUUAGUCAGGCAGAUAACGUUGCCCCUUUGAACGCGUUCAAAAGUGACAUAAGCAAUCAACUUGAACUGAUGUUGUAUCCUCUGGCGGAACAAAAGGAAAGCGACCGCUUGGUUCAUGAAUCUAUCCAGCGAACUGUCGAACAGGUUCAGAAGAUCAACUCUUUAUUAAGUGAACCAAAAGAACAAGACAUCGAAUGGGCAAGCGAAGAAAGUGACAUUUCAUUCGACAACUUGAAGCAGGAUUCCUCUGUAACUGAUUCAGCUAAUCAAUCUUAUGGUAGCGACAGCGAUAGUCAAACAAUCUUUAGAAUGCCAUUCAAAUCGAUCAUUGAUCAAUACACUCCGGCGACCGAAAUUGAUGGUUCCAACGGAAAAUAUCCCACUGUGUCCUUUAAGCUGAUCCCUAUCGACAUCCCGCAGCCAAAUUUUGAUCGUGUGCGUCAAUCAUUUGUAAUCGAACCCACGCACAGUUUGGAUCCGCGUAUUCAGCUGAUGUUUAACAUUGGGCCUACAGAACCGCGGCAUAUUGAACAUACGAAGGUAAUUGCUAGGGAUCCGCGCCUAAACAAGCAGGUGUCGGCAUAGAUUUGCAAUGUUGAGAAGACAAUCUUGAAGUUACUAUAUGAUGUUUUUACACGAGAGACAGGUUAUUUUUUAUUAUAUUGUUUGUCAACUACGAUAAAAAGAUCGUACCUAACAAUGCUGUACAUUCGUUUAAGUUCAUUCUAUAAUCCUGUAAUUUGUUGACUAGUACACUGUUUGUUAUACGUUUUACGUCAGAAAACUAACUUGAGUUGCCACAACAGUAACAAUUUAUUUUACGAUUUCAAUAAGCAUUUCAAACCAUGUAUGAGCAUCGAUAUGAAAAUAACUAGAAAAG